GAAAGGGAGAAAGAGCAGGACAGAGCUGGGAGAGGAAGAGACAGAGAAGGGGGCUGGACACUGGACACCUCGCCUGCGAGGGGUUAACCCGCUCCACUGGGCCAUUGCCCCCUCUCUCCCAGGAGCCACUUCAGUCGGUUGUCGCCCCAGUGGCCGCCCUCUGAGCACGUGUUGCUGCCGGUCUGCGUCAACGCUGAGUAAACAGAUGACUGGCUGACAGCGCCGGGAGGGGCUAUUUAAGAGGCAGCAUCCUGCCGGCCCACCUGAACUUGGCUCUGCUCCCUCGCCACUCCGUAGAGACGCGAAGCCCGCUGCGUCCUACUCUGAAGCCAUGAACCGCGGCGUGUGCCUGUGCGUGCUGCUGGCGGUACUGGCGGCGGGCGCCCUCGCGCAGCCCGUACCUGCGACCGACCGGGUGGGCCCAGGGGCGCAGCAGGAGGAGGAGGCGCCCCGGAGGCAGCUGAGGGCCGUGCAGAAGGUGGACGGUGAGCCCCGAGCGCAUCUGGGAGCACUGCUGGCCAGGUACAUCCAGCAGGCCCGGAAAGCUCCUUCUGGCCGAAUGUCUGUCAUUAAGAACCUGCAGGGCCUGGACCCCAGUCACAGGAUAAGCGACCGGGAUUACAUGGGCUGGAUGGAUUUUGGUCGGCGCAGUGCUGAGGAGUAUGAAUACCCCUCCUAAGGGACCCCGCCUUUGUCAGCACACCAGGAAACGACCUCCGGGCUCAGAGGAGGCAGAAUAAGAAAACAAUCACACUCAUAACUCAUUGUCUCUGAAGUCUGACAUUUUAAGUAUUUAUUAAGUUUUCAAUGUGAAAAACAUGUCUGUAACAUCUCACCAGAAUUGUACAAAUGGAAGACAAAACAUUGUCCUCAUCUGUGACGCCUGGUCCUAAAGUGUUGCUAUGCUAUUAAACUGAUUUCAUUCUGCCCCCUCA